AUGGAUUUUUCUUCUCAAUUUGUGCUUGCAAUGAAAUUAUUCAAUAAAGGUGAUUUUACCAGUGCCCAUGACUUUGCCAAGAAAAUUUCUGAAAGUAAAUGUGAUGAUGACCUCAAGGCACGGGCCAAACAAUUGCAAAAUAAAUGCAAAGAAAAACUAGGAGCUUCUAGCAAUUUUAAGAUCGAUACUGCAGAAAAUAUUAAUAAAUUGAUUGAUAC